AUGUUACAGGAUCACAUUCAUGUUUGCUUGUCGACAGGCAUGAAAAUGACUAUGUCCACAACUGCGACGAUGAGCGCGCGAGUGCACAGGAAAGUGAUUAAUAAGCGCGUGCACCCGGGAAAAUCUACGCUUUCCGGAAAGAUGCUGCACGCUGGCAAGAUGGCGCACCCGGGGAAGAACGCAAACAACCCGGGCAAGUUUGCGCACCUUGGCAAAUUCGGGAAACUAGCGCACUACGCACACACACACUCAUUGCGACCACCGGAGCCGUGUGAAAACAGUAACGAUAGCGGGCUCGGUCCGGACCCCGUCAACAGAUGUACUGAAACAGUGGAGGAGUGGGAACACAGUGAAAGGAAAAGACGGCGCGGGAACGAGCCGCCGGUAAAGAUAGAGUGCGACGACGCUAACGACGCGUAUCCGUUAGCGCUCGUUGGCGCACCCGCGCAUGCGCCUGUUAGUGCGCCCGCGCCCGCUCCCGCGCCCGCUCCGCUCGACACAGCGACCGCUCUACUACCCGCCCCCGUGAUAAGAGCCGGCUGUAGUAUAUCUAGUCCAAAUAUUGCUGAGAAUCCAGGGAAACGCUUCCAGGACCCUUCGUACAGGUCCUGCGGGAAGCUGGGGAGCAGUGGAAAACUCUCAGGAAAGUACUCGGGCGGCGGAAAGCUGGCUGGAGUAGGUGGCAAGUUGGGUGGGAAGUUGGGAGGAAAGCUGGGGGGGAAGUACGGUGGCAAGCUGGCACAGGCGCUGGCCAGGCGGAGAGCGCUGGCUGCGAUGUCGCAGUCGGGAGCGCCGGGCCUCGCAGCGCCACUCUCCAACCGGUCGAGGGACGGGAGGGUGGAGCUACAGAUACUCUGCCAGCCAGAGACGCAACAUCGAGCGAGAUAUCAGACUGAGGGAAGCCGGGGCGCCGUGAAAGACAACUCCGGCAACGGGUUCCCAAUCGUGAAAUUGGUGGGCUAUGAUAAACCUGCCGUUUUACAGGUGUUCAUCGGCACAGACACGGGUCGCGUGGCGCCGCAUAUGUUCUACCAGGCGUGCCGCGUCUCCGGGAAAAACUCCACGCCGUGCAAGGAACGCAAGGAGGACGGCACCGUCAUAAUCGAAAUAGACCUGGAGCCCGCGAAGAACUGGCAGGUCACCUGCGAUUGCGUUGGCAUACUCAAGGAGCGUAACGUGGACGUCGAGCACCGGUUCGGGGAUGCGCUAGGCGGUGGCGGGGGUGUGGGGGGGUUUGGGGGGCGUGGGAGGGCACGCCGCGCGCGGCAAGAAGAAGUCGACGCGCUGCCGCAUGGUAUUAUAUGCACUCAACCUCCAGGCGUUCCAGAAGUUUGUCGCAAGUCGCUAGUUUCAUGUCCUGCAACCGGUGGCUUGGAGCUGUAUCUUUUGGGAAAGAAUUUCCUAAAGGAGACUCGGGUGGUCUUCUGUCAGCGACAGGACGGCCGAACCACUUGGGAGGAGGAGGUCGUACCCGAUAAAGAGUUCCUACAACAGACGCACCUCGUGUGCUGCGUGCCGGCGUACUGCCGGGCGGACGUCGCGGAGACGGUGACGGUGCAGCUGUUCGUGCGGUCGGGCGGCAAGGCGUCGGAGCCGCACACGUUCUACUACACGCCGACCGCGCUCGACACCGGCCCGCUGCACUGCACGCGCCACCACGCCGCAGGAGCGUCAGCGGGAGCGGGAGCGGUGGCGUGCGCGGGCGCGGAGGAGGCGCGGCCGCUGCUGCUGUGGGGGGGCGCGGGCGGCGGGGGCGCGCCCGGCAUCAUGCCGCCGCCCGCGCUGCCCGUUCGCCGGUCCUCGCUCAUAGUGCCCGACCCACACUCGCCGCUCGGCCUUAAAAGCGAGGUGCCGGACGAGUCGAGCCAACAGUCGCUGGUGGAACAGGAGGAGUCGUGCGGCGCGGAGGGACCCGAGCCUCUUCUGCCGGCGUCUCUCCCCGCCGUCGACCUUCGCCUCAAGACCGAGGCCUCGCGUGACUCCCCCGCAGCCAUAUUUAAUUCCGACGAUAACGGCGGUCAAAUUUACGUCGACCCUCCCAUAAUGCCGAUGGCGUCUAUGGAUCCCAUGAGGCAGCUGAUGUCCGCGAAGAGGUCUAUGGACUCGCUCGAGACUGAUAUGAAAGUGCUCAAUCCCGACAUCAUGAUGAGAGACUCGAAUAUGCAAUCGCCGAACGAGCAAAGACUGAUCGUCUAUAAUCAGAUGCAACCGAACAGGCCCCAGGAAACAUACAACCCUUUCGGUGCCAUCACCAAAAUGGAGAUGGGCGCGACGCAAAUCGAACAAAGACUGGCCCAGCAGAGUGCUCACAUGGAGGCUUUGGUGGAAGAUGCUAUGAAGGCAACGGCGGCUAUACUUCCGGCCGAUGCGGCGAAACUCGACGAGCUGGUCAACUCCAGGGUGGACGAUCACCUAUCUGGUUCGACCACCUCGUCUUCCACGGCGUCCCAUGCGUCAGACGUCAUCCUAAGUCCGAACGCGGCAGUCGUCUCGCGAAACUCGAACGCGGAUCUCCUUCCCCCGAUGCCGGCGUCGGCGAUAUCGCCCGACGUGAUCCUCAACCCACAAGUGUCGCCGAGCUUGCUGUGCGACAACAACCAGCGCAUAGUGCUCCCGGCUGGCGGGUCGCAGGACGAGCUGAUGAUGAUGCCGGACAUCCCGCAGUCGGUGAAGACGCCGCCGGCCGCCGUCAAGUCGAUGAUACUGAAUGCGGCGGCCGAGAUCCUGACGUCGGACACGACGAUGAACGCGCUGGUGACGUCCGCCAUCAACACGGCGAACAUCCUGAGCACGGGCACGUCCGAGAGCGCGGGCGGCGCCGCCAUGCAGGCGGCCGACACGCAGCCGCCCGCCGAGCAGGCCUCGGACACGCCGCUCGUGGCCAUGUCACAGGCCGUGUCGCAGGCCGUCACGCAGGCCGUGUCGCAGGCCGUCUCGCAGGCCGUGUCACAGGCCGUUUCCCAGGAGAUGACCGCGCCGGUUCAGGGCCUCACCGACAUGAGUGACCAGGACCUCCUCUCCUACAUAAACCCCAGCACCUUCGACCAGGUUUAA